CGAGUCCGCACGAAGAUGGCGGCGCCGCUGGUCCCCCUCUCGCAGCAGUGGAGGCUGGGAUCCAAGGUCACCUGGUAGCAAUUGAUGCUCUCCACUCUUGAAUCUGAGCUCUGGCAGUGUGGAUGGAACAAAUUCCCAGUGGAAAUCCAUUAUAUGAAUCUUACUACAAGCAGGUGGACCCUGCCUACACAGGGAGAGUUGGGGCCAGCGAGGCUGCGCUGUUUCUGAAGAAGUCGGGGCUCUCUGACAUCAUCCUGGGGAAGAUAUGGGACUUGGCAGACCCUGAAGGUAAAGGGUUCUUGGACAAACAGGGUUUCUAUGUUGCACUGAGAUUGGUGGCCUGUGCACAGAGUGGCCAUGAAGUCACCUUGAGCAAUCUGAGCCUCACCAUGCCACCACCGAAAUUUCAUGACACCAGCAGCCCACUGAUGGCCACACAACCAUCUACAGAGACCCACUGGGCCGUGCGUGUGGAGGAGAAGGCAAAGUUUGAUGGCAUCUUUGAAAGCCUUCUACCAGUCAAUGGUCUACUCUCCGGAGACAAGGUCAAGCCAGUCCUUAUGAACUCGAAACUCCCUCUGGACGUGCUGGGCAGGGUCUGGGACCUCAGUGACAUCGACAAGGAUGGACAUUUGGACCGAGAUGAGUUUGCUGUGGCCAUGCAUUUGGUGUACCGCGCCUUGGAGAAGGAACCAGUGCCCUCUGUCCUGCCCCCAUCCCUCAUCCCACCCUCCAAGAAGAAGAAGACAGUGUUUGCAGGAGCUGUGCCUGUCCUACCUGCCAGCCCCCCACCCAAAGACAGCCUCCGCUCCACGCCAUCCCAUGGCAGCGUCAGCAGCCUCAACAGCACAGGCAGCCUGUCUCCAAAGCACAGUGUCAAGCAGACUCAGCCGCCAGUAGCCUGGGUGGUGCCUGUAGCAGAUAAGAUGCGCUUUGAUGAGAUCUUCUUGAAGACAGACCUGGACCUUGAUGGCUAUGUGAGUGGCCAGGAAGUAAAGGAGAUCUUCAUGCACUCGGGCCUCACACAGAACCUUCUGGCACACAUUUGGGCCCUGGCUGAUACGAGACAAACGGGGAAGUUAAGCAAAGAGCAGUUCGCGCUAGCUAUGUAUUUCAUUCAGCAGAAGGUCAGUAAAGGCAUCGACCCUCCUCAAGUCCUCUCGCCAGACAUGGUUCCACCCUCGGAGAGAGGCACUCCCGUUCCAGAUAGUUCGUGUGCUCUCGGGUCCGGGGAAUUCACAGGUGUCAAGGAGCUGGAUGACAUUAGCCAGGAGAUCGCUCAAUUGCAGAGAGAGAAGUACUCACUGGAACAAGACAUCCGAGAAAAGGAAGAGGCCAUCAGACAGAAAACCAGCGAAGUACAGGAGUUACAAAAUGACCUGGACAGGGAAACCAGCAGUCUACAGGAACUUGAGACACAGAAGCAGGAUGCCCAAGACCGCCUGGAUGAGAUGGACCAGCAAAAGGCCAAGUUGCGGGACAUGCUGAGUGAUGUGCGGCAGAAGUGCCAGGAUGAGACCCAGAUGAUCUCAUCACUGAAAACGCAGAUCCAGUCCCAGGAGUCAGACUUGAAGUCUCAGGAGGACGAUCUCAACCGGGCCAAGUCAGAGCUGAAUCGGCUGCAGCAGGAGGAGACACAGCUGGAGCAGAGCAUCCAGGCGGGACGUGCCCAGCUGGAGACCAUCCUCAAGUCCCUGAAGUCCACGCAGGAUGAGAUCAACCAGGCGAGAAACAAGCUGUCGCAGCUUCAGGAAAGCCAUCUAGAAGCUCACCGGAGCCUGGAACAGUACGACCAGGUGCCCGAUGGGGUCUCUGGUACCAGCCUGCCUGACCUGGCCACCCUGAGUGAAGGCGUCUUGCUGGCAGAGAGGGGCGGCUUUGGAGCCAUGGAUGAUCCUUUCAAAAACAAAGCCUUACUGUUUAGCAACAACUCCCAAGAACUACAUCCAGACCCUUUCCAGGCGGAGGACCCCUUCAAAUCCGACCCAUUUAAAGGAGCUGACCCCUUCAAAGGUGAUCCCUUCCAGAAUGAUCCCUUCGCAGAGCAGCAGACGGCAGCCACAGACCCAUUUGGAGGGGACCCCUUCAAAGAAAGUGACCCAUUCCAUAGUUCAACCACUGAUGACUUCUUCAAGAAACAGACAAAGAAUGACCCAUUUACCUCAGACCCCUUCACGAAGAACCCUUCCUUACCUCCAAAGCUCGACCCUUUUGAGUCCAGUGAUCCUUUCUCUUCCUCCAGCAUCUCCUCAAAAGGAUCAGAUCCCUUUGGAACCCUAGACCCCUUUGGAAGCGGCUCCUUCAGCAGUGCCGAGGGCUUCGCUGACUUCAGCCAGAUGUCCAAGCCCCCACCUUCUGGCCCCUUCUCCUCCUCCUUGGGAGGCACAGGAUUCUCAGAUGACCCCUUUAAAAGUAAACAGGACACUCCCGCUCUGCCUCCGAAGAAGCCCGCUCCUCCACGGCCCAAACCGCCCAGCGAAGCAGCAGCUGGACAGAAAGGCGCGGCCAUGUACACACUGCUGGGUGGUCAGAGUACACCUGUAAGCCAGCUUGAUUCUUCAGCCUUCCCCGAGUCCCCCGAUCCAUUCCAGCCACUCGGGGCUGACAGCGGCGACCCGUUCCAAAAUAAAAAGGGGUUUGGGGACCCAUUUAGUGGCAAAGAUCCAUUUGCCCCCUCCUCCUCAUCUAAACCUCCUAAGGCCUCUUCCUCCGGCUUUGCCGACUUCACCUCUUUUGGCAAUGAGGAGCAGCAGCUGGCCUGGGCCAAGAGGGAGAGUGAGAAAGCGGAGCAGGAGCGGCUGGCAAGACUCCGGCGGCAGGAGCAGGAGGACCUGGAGCUGGCCAUCGCGCUCAGCAAGGCUGACAUGCCGGCUUAGGCGGUGCAGGGAGGCCGCCCAUGCUCAGCACGCGCCCCGCUUCAAGCCGUGCUAUGCCACAGCCACCAAAGCCAAGGACAAGCUGGCCGCAGAGCCUUGGGCUUUGGGGCCUUGUUCAGAGGCAGUAGAUGCAGCUUACCCCUGUGGUUGGGCCAGGAGGGCAGCUGGCUUUUGGCCUGGAAGCUGCGGGUCUGUGUGCAGUGUGAUGGCCAUCAGUCAGGCUUCACCUUCCAGGUCAUUCAAAGGCAGAGGAGGCCUCCAGUCUCCUGACUGCAGACAGGUCCCACUACUAGACCCUCCCCACAUCCACAAGACAGCCCCCCACACAUGAUGUAUGCAUUCGUUGUAUAAAAAUGAAGUUUGAGUGAUUAAUAUAAAAUAUU